UUCAACUGGCUAGAGAUCUUACUGUUUCACACUCUCACCGCUUCGUCAUCUUUAUCACUACAAAGACACAUAGCUAUGAACAGAAUCAUGUCAUCACAAAGAUCAGAUUUGAUCGAACAAAAACUCUCACAACACACUUCUUUCUUCGGCAUCAAGCUAUGGAUCCUCAUUACAGCUUCCGCCUCCAUAGCUUUCCUCCUAGCAUUCAUUGUCUUUGUCUCCUUAUGUUUCAUCUUUCACAGGAGAAGAUGUAGACAAGAGCCAUUCAGACUAAGAUCAAAGCUUUGUCUGCCUUUGUCACGCAUUCCCUUAAACAAUGACAGGCGGCAUAACCCGUACAACCGUUGCCCCGAGUAUAUAGAGAGCGGGAGAAUCUCCUCUCAGGUUGGAUGGUCAUCUGCUCAUCUUCCCUACUACACCAGAAGCUUCUCCUCUACCACCAGCAGCUUUGGAAGCUUCACCGUGUUUACGUUCAUGGAGAUUGAGAGUGUUACAGAUGGUUUUGCAGACGAGAAUCUGAUUGCUAAAGGAGAUUCUUCAAUGGUGUAUCGUGGAGUCCUGAUGGGUACAGUCAAUGUUGCUGUCAAACGGUUCUUCCCCAUCUAUCAAAGGUAUGACGAUAACGAUUUCAUAACAAGAGCUGAGAUGAUUGCAAACGUUAGACAUAAGAAUGUUGUGAGACUACUCGGAUACAGCAUUGAAGGCGACGAGAGGGCUCUCGUGUACGAGUAUGUAGAGAAAGGAGAUUUGCACGAAUGGAUUCAUGGAUCUUCAGGGAGAAACCAACCUCUGGCAUGGAGUAAGAGGAUGAAGAUCAUUCAAGGAGUAGCAAAAGGACUCGCGUAUUUUCAUGAAGACCUUGAACCAAGGAUCACUCAUCAAUACGUAAGACCGAGCAAGAUUCUUCUUGAUUAUCAUUGGAACCCUAAGAUAAUACUAGCUAUCCCAAGUCACAAUGAUAGUCCAAUGAACUCAACAUUUGUUCCUUCACCUAAUAAUCUGGAUGAGAAAAUCGACAUUCAUUGCUUCGGGACUUUGAUAAUGGAGCUUGUCUCCGGGAGAGUCUGUGUAGACCAAAGCUCACCACAUGUUUAUCUGGUGGACUGGAUCAAAGAGAUGGUGGUGAAUCACAUGAUAGUAGAUGUUCUUGAUCCUAGCCUCCCGGAGUUUCCAACAUUAAAAGAACUCAAACGGAUUGUCUUGAUCGCCUUACGCUGUGUUGAUCCAGAAAUAGAACAGAGACCUAAAAUGGGAGAUGUGAUUCACAUGCUCCAGCCGCAUGACUUGCUACUGAAUAGUAAUGCAAUACGUAAGCCUCAGAAGGUUACCAGGUCACGCGAGGUCUCUAGAAUCAGUAUCAUCGGAACAUGAAUCCCAAGCCAACAAUAAAUUAUUACUAGUUUUGGAGUUACCAUGCCAUAUGGAAGCGUUUAAACGACAGUCGCCUGAGACGUGUGCCAAUAAAAUGCAUUGGUCUGCUUUUUAACCUCCUUCUUUGGCAUCAUAUCUGAUCAUGCAACUGCCCAUAUAUGUCUUUCUUUAUCACUUAUCUCCAUUGUUUUGGACUAAACUUCCUUUGUUCUAUUCUACUUCCAGUUCAC